AUGGGCGACAAUCGGUCCGCGAAGAUAGACGCUGUCGAGAAGCGACACGAAGAGUCUUAUGAGCUUCUCAGGCAAGCACGGGCGGCUGCCAAGAAGAAGUCAAAAUACAACAGUGCCGACACGCGCAAAAAGAUGUACGAGGAGUGCAAGCGCCGGACAGGCUUCGAGCCGAAGAAGGAGCAACUGGACAUUGCAGAGUCCAUGCUGCUCGGCCUCGACUCAACCGUGAUGGCAGGCACUGGAUGGGGCAAGACUCUCCCAUUCGCCCUCCCACUGUUUGUGCGGCAGCGGAAGAUUGUCAUCGUGAUCUCACCACUGAAUGUGCUGGAGGCUGAUCAGGCGAAGAAGUUCUCGAGCUGGGGACUGAGGGCGGUUGCUUUAAAUAGCGAGUCAAAAGAAGGCAUGACGGCCAUGCUCGAGGAGGUCAAAAAGAACAAAUUCGACAUUAUUGUCGUUGGCCCAAAGCUCUGUUUGGAUCCCGAGGGGGCGUUCAGGCCACUACUCAGCGACCCGAGCUUCUCGAAGAGAAUUCUCGCCGUGAUCGUGGACGAGGCUCACUGCAUCGCGCAGUGGGGUGACAGCUUUCGCCCCGAGUACAGUCAGCUGGAAGCGCUGCGAGGAUUCAUGGGAAUAGACGUACCGGUUCACGCGACCUCGGCCACACUGACCCCCACCUCCCUCGAAAAGACACGAAGAGCCCUCCAUAUCCGCGAGGACCGGUCAUUCCACCUGAACCUUGGCAACGACCGGCCAAACAUCGCCUGGGAGGUACGGAAGAUGAACGCAGCAAAGAGCGACCUUGAGUCUCUCGACUUCGUGCUCGGGUCAGAGCCCCUUGAUGAGGUCGAGCGAUUCCGGAGGUCCAUCAUCUUCUUUGACGACGUCAUGUUGUCGCUGCAGGCUGUUCAGCGGCUCCGAGAUAAGGUCCCCAAGCACUUGAAAUCCCGCAUCUGCGCGUACAACUCACAGCGGGGACCAGUCUCGAAGCGGCUUGUCUUCAAGCUCUUUCAGCGAGGGGAUAUCGACAUCUUGAUUGCCACCGAAGCUGCGGGAAUGGGCUUUGAUGCGGCGGAUAUCUGGCUCGUGAUCCAGUUUAUGGUCCCGUCAUCGCUCGAGGUGUGGCUGCAACGAGCUGGGCGAGCGGGUCGUGGUAAGGAUAUUUGUGCGCGAGCUAUAUUGCUAGUCCAGCCGACUGUUUUCCAAGAGAAGGGUAAGAUGACACGUCAGCCAGGGGAUACUGUGAAGUACAUGAAGGAGAUCGGAGAAGACUUACGGGACUGGAUCACAGCGCCCGAGAGCGAGUGCCGUCGCACGGUCGCGGAUCGUGUCUUCAAUAACCCUCCCCGAGAAGAUGGUGCUAUCAGUGGCGACCGGGACCUGUCAGUACGAACCUCGGAGAACGAAAUACCCGUGGACACUGGCGACGUGUCCCACUCAGCCGACACCACCGAUGCACAGGCCAUAGCAGUCGAGAGCGCAGGUGAAGUGGCUGCUGAGUUGCGGGACUGGCGUUCAGUCGUGCCCGUUACACGGUCUCCCGAGGAUGUCAAGGAAGCCGUGUCUCUCCUGCGCAAUUGGCGUACGAGAACAUGGCUUUCUGAGCAUUCGCUUGCCCGCUUCGGCGAAGCUGGCAUCUUCCCUGACGCGAUUCUCCAGUCCCUUGCCGCAAGGACGACGUACCUUUCAGUGGACGACCUCGCCUCUCUCGGUUGGAGCUCCUCCAUGACUUGGAUAGACGUCGGGCAGACGAUGUUCUUGAAGCUGAAGCGAGGAGGGAGGCAGAGAAGAGGAGGAUAG